AUGUGCCCUUUCAUGGAAUUCCAAGAUGGUGGUCGUCGUUUCCGCUGUCCAUUUUGUCAUGCCUCUACUCCAGUGGAGGACGUCUAUUUCGCUCACCUUGACCACACUGGUCGUCGAACCGACAUCGAUCAUCGCCCAGAGUUGUUCUUAGGAGCUUACGAAUUCAUUGCUACCAAACAAGAACUAGGUGCUUCUGAAUCAGUUAUACAUGUGGGACUCGCUACCUUCGAUCAAGUGGUGCAUUUCUUUGAUUUAUCAGCUGCACAGCCUUCGAUGAUGGUUGUAGGAGAUGUUGACGACAUGUUCGUUCCAAUUGUCGAUGGCCUUCUUAUGCCAUAUACACAAGCAGCGCCUUCGAUUCGAGCAGUUCUUGCUGAAAUUCCUCGUUUGUUUGCGCCAUCUAGAAUAACGGAGACAAUAUUAGGGCCUGUCGUGCAGGCUGGAUUGGAUGCACUUAGCUGUGCCGAUCGUGCUGGUAAAUUGAUGAUCUUCUCUACUUCAUUGCCUACUGUGGAAGCUCCAGGGAAGUUGAAGGCAAGAAAUGAAAGGAAUUUGCUGGGCACUGAUAAAGAAAAGGUAUUUGGUCUUGCUAUAUGUCAUUCGCUGUGUCUGUUCUUCCCAAGUAAAAUAAGUGGUUCUGCAGUAGCUGUAGGUCGAUUUUAUGUCAUUCCUAUGUUUCGACGUUGA